AUGCUGGUGACCGAUUGUGAAACGAACUUCGGCACCAAGGAUUUGUACGACGUCCUUGGGUUGGAGAAGGAUUGCAAAGCUGCCGAUGUGAAAAAGGCCUACUAUAAGAAAUCUAUGCUAUGGCAUCCCGAUCGAUUCUCGGGAGAGAAUAAGGAAGAAAGUGAAACAGCUACUCAGAAGUUCCAGACCCUUUCCGGCGUGUACCGCAUCCUGUCCGAUAAGGAGAAGCGCAAGAUCUACGACGAAUCGGGAUCGUGCGGCGACGAAGAAGGUCUUGAUGCCACCUUUGAAGAAGCGGUCCGCAUGUGGAAGGGCAUGUUCAAGAAAGUGACUGUCGAAGAUAUCGAGAAUUUCUACAAUGAAUAUCGCAAUAGCGAGGAGGAACGAAACGACCUUCGGACUCACUACGAGCGUUUCUCGGGAAACUUCAACAAAAUAAUGGAGUACACGAUGGGCUGCAGCAUGGAUCAAGAGGACAGACUACGUGGUAUCAUUGAUGAAAUGAUCGACAAAGGACUGCUGAAGAAGACUGCUCAAUAUACUAAGUCUACUUCGAAAGCGGCGCUGAAGAAGCGAAAGAGAAAGAAUGAGCGAGAAGCUGAGGAAGCAGAAGAGGCCUUGAAAGAGAUCCAGGAAAAGGAACAGGCGUCGGGCGGUAGCUUGGAGGGAAUGAUCCUUGCCCGGAGGCAGCAGCGCGCCGAAGAUCUCGAUGACUUUCUGGAUCAGCUCGCUUCGAAGUACGCCAAGCCUGCCAAGAAGAAGAGCAAGGCGCAAAAA